CCUCGUUUUGGUAAUUGGUAUCAACGCUUCUUCAAUAAUUGGGGUGCGAUGAGUAGCACCAUCGACCCUUGUCGAGAUGAGCAAUUGCUUCGCCAACUCAAGAAACCACUAGAGCCUUAGGUCAUUACUCAUUACUACUUGAAAGAAUGGGAAGGGAACGAGAGGUGUGCAAGGAAAAUGAAGAUGAUAAUACCGUGAAGAAAUAUGUGCGCCGCAGAAAUUAUUGUGGAGAGAGUGAAAUUAAGCUUUUGCGGUCGAAUCAUGAAGCUGGUGUGUGUGAUACAGGAGAUGGUGAUGAGGUUGAGGAGGUCUUGAGCAGUGGAUCUGAGCAUGGGGAUGAAGUAUUGAAGGAGAAAGAAAUUCUUGUUUCUCCUUACUUUAAGAAAAGUAAAUUCGGAGAAUACACUGGAAUUGUGUCUGAAGAGAAAUUGGGUGAAUACACUGGAAUUAUGUCUGAAAAUGCGGUGGUUGAAGGGAAAUAUAGCAAGAAUACGAUAGGGGAAUGGAGAAAGGAUGAUAAUACUACUAGUCAUGGAAACACGGACCUUGAUCUUUUUUCCCACUUCACAUAUACAGGUGGCGGAUGUUUUCAGAAGAUGGAAUGCAAAAAAGAAGAGGGCAUGAUUGAGAAGAGCAGAUAUGGGAAUGUGAAAAAGGAAGAUAUUGAAAAUUUGGAAACAUCUUUAUCUCUAGGAACAUGGAAAGGAGUCCGAGUUGUUUCAACUUAUUUCUCAAAGGUGAGAGUGAAAGAUUUUAAAAUCAAACCAAAGAAGGUGCAAGCAAGGAUCGUUUCUCCUUACUUUUGCAGCACACAACAAGUGAGGAGAACACCUCUUCUGACGGCUGCCCAGAAGAAACAGCAAGCCUAUGAAAGAAAAACUCCAUAUCACAAUUGGAUCCCUCCUCGCUCUCCUUUUAAUCUUCUCCAGGAGGACCAUUUCUUUGAUCCUUGGAGAGUUUUAGUAAUAUGCAUGCUUCUUAACCGAACUACUGGUCUACAGGCUAGGAAAGUAUUAUCAGACUUCUUUCAUCUGUGUCCAAAUGCCGAGACAGCCAUUAAGAUUUCCACGGAGGACAUCGAGGAAGUAAUACGCAGCUUGGGUUUGUACAAGAAGAGAGCACUAGGGAUUCAGCAAUUCUCUCAUGAGUAUCUGAAUGAGAGCUGGACUCAUGUAACCGAGCUUACUGGUGUUGGCAAGUAUGCAGCUGAUGCACAUGCAAUAUUCUGUACGGGAAAUUGGGAAGAAGUGAGACCGGUUGAUCACAUGCUGGUCAAAUACUGGGAAUUCCUCUGUGCUAUCUUUGAUGUAAAGCUGACCCCUUAAGGCUUUUAAGCUCCUCUUAUUUGUAUAGUACAACGCAAUCUCGAUCCUUUCUUUUGAUGUUUGCAUCCUUUAGCUGUGUACUAAAGUAAAUGUCCCAGGAUCGAAGAAUACACACACUUUGAUAUUAAUUUAAGAAAUAACCUUUUAUUGUUAGCCUCAUAGUUUACAUCCUCUUGUAUUAACCCUUGUAUUGUUUCAGAAUACAUCUAAAUGUCACCUAAUGAGGUUUCUGUCUGCCAAUUCACUCUUUCUUUCAUAUAUUCUGAUUCCCG